UUCAAAACAUUUAUUUCGAUUCAGGGAAAUGUAAAACAGAGACCAUGGCUAGACUGAUUUUCAGAUAUGCGUAUUUGCUGGCGGCGACCCUAGUGCUGUGUUACGCGACCAUCAAUAGACCUGGCCUGCACACCACGAGCCGCAGCAAGCAGCCUGAGAAACAACCUAAAUUCAGAAGUACUGUGACGAGCGAAACUUGCAUACAGGUGGAGUACGAUGGAGACGACAUGAACGUUUUUAACGUGCCCAGCAGACCUAAGCAGCAGCAGGAUUGGCCAGGACUUUUGGCACAAACUCUGCAGGUCAAAGGCCACUGGGACGACAGGGCCAGGUACAAGCACUUCCCUGACGCCUUCCUUGCCAACCACCUUCUCAGCCUAUCGAAGUAUGAGACGUGCAUGGCGACUCACGGGACGGUGGAGGCGGCCGGACAGGUUGUACGCGCGGCCCGAAACUGGCCGGGGGCCAUCUCGCUUGCCGUGUUCGCGCCCGCCUCAGACUUUCUGAUGACUGUCGUCUUCAUCCGACACCUACGCAAGUGCUUCCCGAGCGUCAGAGACCAGGUCACGUGGCACCUGUCUUACCCCAGGGACAUGCCACCCUCGUUGAAGAACGCGCAUCUCCUUCAACUUGAUUUUCCCUGCUCGAUGACUACGACUGAGGUGUUGACUAAACUCAGGGACACGGUCGACGCCAAGGACACAGCAGAAGUCCGCCAAAUCGUCUAUCCGCAGAACUCGAUGAGAAACUUGGCGCGUCGGCAUUGCCGAAACGAGUGGGUGGUGUGUCCUGACCUGGAUAUGGUGUUCCCAGACCCUUCCGAGGGUGCUUCACCUUUCGCCCUCCUGAACCGUUUCCUUGGUGGGCCGAUGGCUGCCGAUUUGUGCAGGGAGAAAAAGUGUGCAUUCGUACUGCCUCUUUAUGAAGUGGAAAACGUCCGGGGCGAAGGUCGCGUGCCUCCAGAUAAGGACACCCUUCUGCAGAUGGUCCGCAAGGGACACGCUCAGAUCUAUCAUCUCCAAGUGUUCGAUGGUAACCAAGGAAGGUCUAACCUGACGGCCUGGGAGCAACUGCCACCGGUUAGCGAAGUUCAGGUCGCCUUCAGGGUCAAUUUCUCCUUCUUAUACGAGCCUGUCUAUAUUGCUAAACAUGGCAGCCCUGACUUCGAAGAACGCUUCCUUGGCUACGGAAUGACCAGGAACACGCAGGUCUUGGAGAUGCAUCUGAGCGGCUACGAGUUUUAUCUGCUGGACUCAAUCUUUUUGAGCCACCUUUGGGGCAUCCUGAAGAAAAAAAACUACAACCACGCUCGUUUCCAGCAGAUCGUUUUCAAUUCGCGGCUCUUUCACACAUUCUUUAUGAGAGAAUUGGCCUUUCGCCACCAGCAGGACCUUAGCACCCUGGUCUCCACUCCCACGGGCCUCAAACCAAUGUUCCGCACCAACAUCAAUGUUGAAACUUGUCUGCACAAGCCCUCCACAAACAAUGCUCAAAAUAAGUCAUAUUUUGUAAACAAAAACGCGAAAAUUGAAUUCCGCUCCACUAUCAACAAUAAAUAA